UGUGUAGUUGCAUUAUAUAAAGAUCGACCUCUUCAUCUUCGCAUCGUCAUUUCGCACUUGAUCUUUACGGGAGUUAUCUCGAGAGUGGACUGUUUGCAAACAUGUCGAAGAUCGUUUUGAUCUUGGUUGCCAUUUUGGCUGUUGCUUUUGCUUAUCCUGUGGUUGAAGAAGAAAAACCAUCGUCAAGGAUAGUGAGAGAUGCAAAAGCGGAUCCACACUUUGGCGGAGGAGGAUUGGGUGGUUUUGGAGGAAUCGGUGUCAUCGGUGGAUUUAAAUUAGGUGGUAUCGGUGGCUACGGAGGUGGCUAUCCUUAUCAUGGUGGAUACGGUCAUGGUGGACACGGUGGUUAUGGACACGGUGGUUACGGUCAUGGUGGUUACGGUGGACACGGUGGUUACGGUGGACACGGUGGUUAUGGAGGUGGAUCUUAUGCUAGCGCGCAAGCUGGGUCCUUUGGAUUUGGUCGAUAAACAAAAUAGAAUUAGACAUGUAACUUGACGAUUUCAAUAAACUUUUCUACAACCUC